CUUUACGAUCAGAACACGUUACGCGUACGGGAAACAUAAACUUGUACAUGAGGAUAUAAUGUGAAUGAUGAUGGUGUAAUGGUUGACCCUCUAAAGGUCUUCUGGGUGUUAACCAAUAGCACUUAUUUGGUGACGAAAUUUAUCCGCAUUGGAAUCGCUGACAAAAACGAUAAUCCUCCUUAUUUUGAUAAGGCUCUUUAUGAAGCGGAAGUUGACGAAAAUGAGGACAUUCAACACACCGUACUUACUGUCACCGCCAAAGAUCACGAUGAAUCCUCCCGUAUUCGAUACGAGAUCACAAGCGGUAACAUAGGAGGUGCUUUCGCUGUUAAAAAUAUGACAGGCGCCAUUUACGUAGCCGGAGCUUUGGAUUACGAGACCAGGAAGAGGUACGAACUUCGUUUAGCGGCAUCGGACAAUCUGAAAGAAAAUUAUACAACUGUCGUCAUCCACGUCAAAGAUGUUAAUGAUAAUCCUCCGGUGUUCGAACGACCAACGUACCGGACACAAAUCACGGAAGAGGAUGAUAGAAAUCUACCAAAAAGCGUUUUAAGGGUAACUGCCACAGACGGAGACAAAGACAGACCACAAAACAUCGUUUAUUUUUUAACGGGACAGGGAAUUGAUCCCGACAAUCCCGCUAACAGCAAAUUCGACAUCAACAGGACCACCGGAGAGAUAUUUGUUUUAAAACCGCUCGAUCGAGAUCAACCGAACGGAAGACCGCAAUGGCGAUUCACAGUUUUCGCUCAAGACGAAGGAGGAGAAGGACUCGUAGGCUACGCCGACGUCCAAGUCAAUCUGAAAGACAUAAACGAUAACGCACCGAUAUUUCCACAAGGAGUAUAUUUCGGUAAUGUUACAGAAAACGGCACAGCCGGAAUGGUGGUAAUGACGAUGACGGCCGUCGACUACGACGACCCCUCCGAAGGCACGAACGCGCGAUUAGUGUAUUCUAUCGAGAAAAACGUCAUUGAAGAAGAAACCGGAUCUCCUAUAUUUGAAAUUGAAUCGGAAACGGGCGUAAUAAAAACAGCGGUGUGCUGUUUAGAUCGAGAAAGAACUCCGGAUUAUUCGAUACAAGUGGUGGCGAUGGACGGUGGAGGGUUGAAAGGGACAGGAACAGCUUCGAUUCGCGUUAAAGAUAUCAACGAUAUGCCGCCGCAGUUUACCAAAGACGAAUGGUUUACGGAAGUUGAUGAAACAGACGGAGCUACGUUACCUGAAAUGCCGAUUCUCACAGUAACCGUACACGAUGAAGACGAAACUAACAAAUUUCAAUAUAAAGUUAUAGAAAAUAGCGGGUACGGAGCAGAUAAAUUCACAAUGGUGCGAAAUAAUGACGGUACGGGAUCGUUGAAAAUCGUCCAGCCCCUCGAUUACGAGGAUCUCUUACAGAGUAACGGAUUCAGGUUUAGAAUUCAGGUGAACGAUAAAGGUGAAGACAACGAUAACGACAAAUAUCACGUCGCCUAUUCUUGGGUCGUAGUUAGAUUGAGAGACAUAAACGAUAAUAAACCCCAAUUCGAACGUCCGAACAUCGAAGUGUCCGUUUUCGAGAACGCGGAAGUCGGUAAAAGUUUGGAAACUUUCAAAGCCACCGAUCCCGAUCAAGGCGGUAAAAGUAAAGUAUCUUACGCAAUCGACAGGACUUCGGAUAGGAAACGACAGUUUUCAAUUAAUCAAGAAGGAACUGUGAGUAUACAACGAUCUUUAGAUAGAGAAGACACGCCUAGACAUCAAGUGAAAAUAUUAGCUAUCGAUGACGGUAUACCACCGAAAACGGCUACGGCGACGUUAACGGUUAUCGUCCAGGAUAUUAAUGAUAAUGCGCCGACGUUCUUAAAGGAUUAUAGACCCGUGGUGCCGGAACAUGUUCCUCCCAGAAAAGUUGUUGAAUUAUUAGCGACGGACGACGAUGACAGGUCGAAGAGCAACGGCCCGCCCUUUCAAUUCAGACUCGAUCCCAGUGCCAGUGAUAUCGUCAGGGCUUCGUUUAAAGUCGAACAGGAUCAAAAGGGCGCAAAUGGUGACGGUAUGGCAAUCAUUACAUCGCUCAGAUCUUUUGAUCGAGAACAACAAAAAGAAUAUUAUAUACCUAUUGUUAUUAAAGAUCACGGCAACCCCGCAAUGACAGGUACAAGUACCUUAACUGUCGUAAUAGGGGACGUAAACGACAAUAAAAUGCAACCUGGUUCAAAAGAAAUAUUCGUUUAUAAUUACCAAGGACAAGCUCCCGAUACGGAAAUCGGUAGAGUAUACGUCUACGACUUAGACGAUUGGGAUCUACCCGAUAAGAAAUUCUAUUGGGAAAGUGUAGAUCAUCCCCGGUUUAAAUUAAAUGAAGAUACUGGUAUGAUUUCAAUGAAACACGGUACCAGAGACGGAGUCUACCAAUUGAGAUUCAGAGUUUACGAUCGGAAACAUACUCAAACAGACGUAGCCGCAAAUGUGACUGUUACCGUUAAAGAAAUACCGCACGAAGCAGUCGUCAAUUCGGGAUCGGUUCGUAUAGCAGACAUAACAGACGAAGAAUUCAUAAGAAUCUGGGAUUACCAUUCGCAAAGUUUAUCGAAAAGUAUGGCGGAAAAAUUCAGAGAUAAAAUAGCCGAUUUGCUCAAUAUAAAUAGAGAAAACGUGGACGUAUUCAGCGUACAAUUAAGAAGAAAACAUCCGCCCGUAACUGACGUAAGAUUUUCCGCUCACGGUUCGCCGUACUACAAACCGGUACGACUAAACGGAAUAGUACUAAUGCAUAGAGAAGAAAUAGAAAGAGCCGUCGGUAUAAAUAUUACCAUGGUAGGAAUUGACGAGUGUCUGUACGAAAAUCAAAUGUGCGAAGGAUCUUGUACAAAUACUCUAGAUAUAAGUGCCUUACCUUACAUGGUAAACGCAAAUAAAACGGCUCUAGUAGGAGUCCGAGUUGACGUAUUAGCCGAAUGUACUUGCGGCGCAAGAAAUUUCAGUAAAGAAGAAAAUUGUCGAAACACUCCUUGUUAUAACGGAGGAAGAUGUAUAGAAACGAGAUAUUCGUUAUCGUGUUCUUGUCCUGCCGGUUAUAACGGUCCCAGAUGCCAGCAAACUUCUAGAAGCUUCAGAGGAAACGGUUGGGCUUGGUAUCCGGCUUUGGAAAUGUGCGAUAAAUCUCAUUUGCAUUUCGAAUUUAUCACUAGGAAACCCGAUGGAUUGUUGUUGUACAACGGACCGAUCGUACCACCAGAAAAGGACGAAAUAAUGGUUUCGGAUUAUAUAGCCGUCGAAUUAGAACGCGGAUACCCGCGAUUACUGCUAGAUUUCGGAUCGGGAACCCUAGAACUUAGAGUAAAAACGAAAAAGACUUUAGAUGACGGCGAAUGGCAUAGAUUGGAUAUAUUUUGGGAUACGGAAAAUGUCAGAAUGGUUGUAGAUUAUUGUAAAUCCGCCGAUAUAUCAGAAAUGGAAGACGGUACUCCUCCCGAAUUCGACGAUAGCAGUUGUCAAGCUCAAGGUACAAUUCCACCUUUCAACGAAUAUCUAAACGUCAACGCUCCUCUACAACUCGGCGGUUUGUACGUUGAACAAUUCGAUCCUACUCAUUAUCAUUGGCAAUAUAUGCCAGUAGGAAAAUCAUUCGACGGUUGCAUCAGAAACCUCUUCCACAAUUCGAAAUUAUACGAUCUAGCUCAUCCUGGAUUAUCUAGACAUAGCGUGCCAGGUUGUCCGCAGACGGAAGAAGUUUGCGGUAGAUCAGAAACUACCGCUAGAUGUUGGGAACACGGUACUUGCGUCGGUAGUUUUAACGAAGCCAAAUGCCAUUGCCAUCCGGGAUACACCGGCCCCUCUUGUAUGUUAAAAACGACACCUACGUCCUUCAAACCGCAAUCUUACGUCAAAUACGCUCUGAGCUUCGAACCGGAUCGUUUCUCUACACAGAUGCAACUCAGAUUCCGUACUAGAGAAGAACACGGUGAAUUAUUUAGGAUAUCCGAUCAACACAAUCGAGAAUACGCCAUAUUAGAAAUCAAAGACGCUAGAUUAUACUUUAGGUAUAAUUUGAAUUCCUUAAGAACUGAAGAAAAGGACAUUUGGUUGAGUGCAGUUCCAGUUGAUGAUGGGCAAUGGCAUGUUGCUAGAGUAAGUAGAUACGGAUCAGCUGCUACAUUGGAACUCGAUGGAGGUGAAGGGAGAAGAUACAACGAAACAUUCAGUUUCGUCGGUCAUCAAUGGCUGUUAGUCGAUAAGCAAGAAGGUGUGUAUGCCGGUGGAAAAGCCGAAUAUACCGGCGUACGGACGUUCGAAGUUUAUGCAGAUUACCAAAAAGGUUGUUUGGAUGACAUUCGAUUGGAAGGUAAGCAUUUACCGUUACCUCCGGCGAUGAACGGAACGCAAUGGGGUCAAGCAACAAUGGCUAGGAAUCUGGAAAAAGAUUGUCCUUCUAAUAAACCUUGCGCAAAUGUUAUAUGUCCAGAUCCAUUCGAAUGCGUCGAUCUUUGGAACGACUAUGAAUGCACUUGUGGAGAGGGCCGGGUAAUGUCUUCGGAUGGUAAAGACUGCAUGGACAAGGACGAAUGCGUCGACUUACCUUGUCUAAAUGGUGGUACUUGUAUCAAUUUGGAACCAAGAUUCCGGUACCGUUGCAAUUGUCCAGACGGAUUCUGGGGCGAAAAUUGUGAAUUGAUCCAAGAGGGUCAAACCCUCAAACUCAGCAUGGGGGCGUUGGCGGCGAUUUUGGUCUGCCUACUCAUCAUAUUAAUUUUGGUAUUGGUGUUCGUCGUCUAUAAUAGAAGACGUGAAGCGCAUAUUAAAUACCCCGGUCCCGAUGACGACGUACGAGAAAAUAUUAUAAAUUACGAUGACGAAGGCGGCGGCGAAGACGACAUGACGGCUUUCGAUAUCACGCCUCUCCAAAUACCAAUUGGAGGACCCAUACCUGAAUUAGGACCGCCAAAGAUUGGAUUUAUAAUGGGCGUCGGUCAAGAACCUAACGUAGGAAUCUUCAUUGAGGAACAUAAAAAACGAGCCGACAGCGACCCUAACGCUCCACCUUUUGACGACUUACGGAAUUACGCUUAUGAAGGAGGCGGUAGUACUGCUGGGUCUUUGAGUUCUUUGGCUUCAGGUACCGACGACGAGGCUCAAGAAUAUGACUACCUGGGCGCUUGGGGACCUCGUUUUGACAAAUUGGCAAACAUGUACGGCCCGGGAGAAGAGACUGAACAGGAAGAAGAAUAAAUAUUAAGUCUAAAAGUGAAAUAAUAAUAAAAAAAAAACAUUCCUCCAUCUAAAAUAAAAAAGAAAUGCUUUCGCGCGACCUCCACAACGCGUGUUCAAUAAGACUGUUUUGCAGUUCUACUGCUGUUUAAAUAAUUCUAGACAAUUUAUAUAAAGAAGCACACCUGCGAAAUUACGUACUGCAUAAACUCCGUUGAGAUAAUUUUCCAAUUGUUGGUAUAAGCUCAUUUGAAUAUCAGUCUAUUCGCAAGAACGUUAAUGGCGAGAAAUAUUUUUAAAAAAGCAACAACGAAAUUUAUGCUUUAGAUUCUAUAGGAAACGACUGAUAUGUGGAACUAAUUAUAAUGGAUCCAAAAAAAUUAUGACUUUGCUUGAUAAUCAAUAGAAAAGUUCUUUUCUUGAUCAUUGAUUGAUCGAAAACUAACCUCUCCAACAAUGAGAAGAGGAAAAUAUCAGUUCUUGAACAUCAGUUUGACAAUUAAUUUAAUUUUCUAUCUUAUAACAUAAUGCCAUCUAUUGGGUUGAUAUAAAACUAUUAUCAGUAAAAAUUCCAGUUUUCUACAACUGUCGAUAAAUAUUACAGAUUACUACUACCAAAUAUAACUUAUAACAUAAUGCCAUCUACUGGAUUGAUAUACAAAUAUUAUCAAUGAAGAUUAUAGUUUUCUACAGCUGUCGAUAAAUAUUACAGAUUUCUACUACUAAAUAUAACUUAUAACAUAGCGCCAUCUACUGGAUUGAUAUAUACAAAUAUUACCAGUGAGAAUUACAGUUUUCUACAACAAAAAUUUUACAGAUUUCUACUAUUAAAUACGGUAAACUUCAUCAAUAAAUAAUUAAUUCCAUGUAACUAUUUAAUUCUGCUUUUAACGCUCUUGCUAUUAUUAUGUACGUAGUUGUUGAAUAGUAAAAUAUUGUUAAUGAUUAUUGACUGAUAGCUGUGAAGGGUGAAAAAAUCUCAAUGGUUCAAUCUUCCAUUCCCGUAUAUUAUUCUUUAACCCACUGCCACUUUUUAAUGUUUGUCUCCUACUAAAAAUAUGUGUGUGUGUCGCGCGUCUUAUUUUAACAGUUUAUGCAGAACUUUUGCAAGAGAAUGCUACAACGUUGCAUGAUAAGUUUUAAUGUAACUAUGGCACGAAAUAAUACAACGAGGACUUCAAUACAUUUCCACCUUAGUUUAAUUAAAUUGAUUUCCGAAAAACUCGUAGACGUGAUUUCUUUUACAAAUUAGGCAGAAUAAGAACUGGAUGUACCAUCAAUCGUUAAAUAAAAAUUUUACUUUCUCAAUAAUAUCAACAUGUCAAUUAAUGAAUUGAAUUUUCUAUUAAAUUUUCUGAUAUCAAUUUCACAAUAGCAUCAAUUGUUUUAAUCGUGAGAAUCUUGUUAAAAACUGAUCCAUUUUGCAUUGUUGCCAGUUCAAUAUAUUCUGAUGUGGAAAAGCUUUGAACUAUCUUUCAAGCAAUUAUAUGUGUCCUUAAAAUAAGUAUGUAAAAAACAGAAAUGGCAAUAAAAAUAUAACAUAAAAAGUUCUUGAGAUUAAAACAUAAAUGUUUUGGUGUCUAAAUAAAUUGUGGGACUGUAUUGAAAAUUCUUGAAUAAUUUUGUCCUGUCUUUGAGAGCCAGUAUUCCUACAAAAACUGUAGGAUCAGUCACUUUUAGGUCAAAUUACAGGUUUAGAUUAGAUUUAUCUGCGAAAAGUUGUGAAUGAGAUUCACUACAAGAAAUAUAGAAUAUGGUAAACACAAAAAUAAUGUAUUUCGAUAUAGGGAACUCGUGUGAUAUAUUUAAUCUCAAACACAUCAUUUUUAACCUGUGUUAUGAUCCCAUUAGCGCUUAUAAUGCCUAUUUAUUGCCUGAAAAUUGUCGCCAAACAGAUGAACAUUAACAAAAAAAAAAGUGACAUGAACAAAAUAUACCUCACGCUCAUUAACUAUAUAAAAUAAUUAAAGUUAACCAAAGAUACCAAAGAUGAAUGUACGAAAUAUUUCACAACAUUCAAAUCCCAUCUCUAGUCAAAUAUUCGAGUUGCAUUGUUUUUCCAUAAAAUGAAUUAGAAUGGAAGAAAUCGCGCAACGCUGCUUCGGCGUAGUAGACACAACAUUUAUGGGCCAUGGCGUAAAAAAACAACAUCUUGUUUAGGAAUGAUUAGCGUUCGUUUUUUCUUUUAAUGAAACCCUUUUGAUAUACGUGUGAGCUCAUAGAUAUUUAUUCUAUCGUUUCUACAGGAUAUUAUGUUGAGAUGAUACAUUUUUUUGCUAUUUUUAUUAUCUAUUUUUCUUGUAGUACUUGAUGAAUAUAUGCAAGCGUGCGUUUUAACUGUAUAUAGAGCAUCGACUCCACAUCGUUUUUAUAUAGCACUCGUAAUAUAUACAAUGUUGCCAUAAGUUUUAUUAUCGGACAUUUUGUAAUAAUUUAUUAAUGCUCACUAGAAGAAGAAAAAACUUAUGUUUUGGUAGUUAUGUAUAUAUAGUUCACCGGAAAGAAAGAGAUUGGAUGAAUGCGAAGAGAGCCAGUGCCAAUUAUAACCAAUAUAUGUAAUAAAAUUCUGAAUGCUGUGUAACAAUUAUAAUAUGUGUUUGCACUUGUGUAUUAUUUGACAUGUAUACUUAAUAUUCUUAUGACAUCGCACUAUAUUAUCCAAAAAAACAAAAAACAAACGUGAUCAUUUGUCUAUAAAAGUCAUUCAUCGUUUUCAUGUUGGCAAAAUAUCAUCGUGGUACGACGAAAACAAUCGUAAAUUAUUUGAAAAUAAGACAGUUAAAAAUUUCAAAAAUUACCGGCAAAUGAAAAGUAAUAUUAUAAUGUAAUAAAUAAAAAUUUAUUCACAUGCAUACUGUAUCUUAAUAUUCUAUAAUAAAUCUACUAAAUUGAGCUAACUCGCAAGCUAAUUCCUUUUAAAACUAAAUUAAUGGAAUUUGAAUCCUAUUACUUGAAAAUUAACACGCAUAUUAAUUAGAGGAUUGUGAGGAUGCUUGUAUAACCAGGAGAAUUUUUGACCUUGGCUACAAUAAAAAAAUAUUCUGUUUUGUGCAGUGUUAUUAAAAUAACUCUUGUGAUUCUGUAGUCAUUUCUCCACGUUGAUAUUUUGUUACCUCACAGUAACCAUCUAGAAAUUAGUUUUAACUUGGGUGAUUUUAUUUAUUAAUUUUAAAUAUUUAUAAGUUGUUUGUGUCCAUGAAUUUGUAGAAAUGUUUUGUCUCUUUUUUGUACAUGAAAGUUUUAUUUGAAAUUUUAUUGAAAUAAAAUUCUAUA